AUGCCGAUCGAAAACCCUGCAAAUGGAACAGCCCUAUCCAGGCUGCACAUUCCAUCUCCUGCUCAGCUGGAUCACGCUUUACAUACCGCACAACAGGCAUUCUUGACGUCUCGCUCCACCCCGUGGUCUUCAGCGCACGUCCGCUCGGCUGUCCUGCAUCGCCUCUCCGUCCUUCUCUCCGCCCAAGCGUCGCAGCUCGCAGAGGUAGAGACGCUGCAGACGGGCCGGUGCAUUCGCGAAAUGAAGACCCAGCUGUCGAGGGUUGGCGAGUGGUUCGAAUACUACGCAGCGCUCAUCCGCACGCUGGAAGGCAGGACCAUGCCGGUUAAGGGGGAUAUGCUUAAUACCAUCGAGCGGCAGCCGCUCGGUGUGGUACUACAAGUUAUACCAUUCAACCACCCUCUGCUUAUCGCUGUCAAGAAGAUAUCAGUAGCACUAGCGGCAGGAAACAGCGUGAUUGUCAAAGCGUCCGAGCUGGCACCGCUGACGGUACUCACGCUUGGUGCACUAGCACGCGAGGCGGGAGUGCCUGAUGGCCUGCUCACCAUCCUCCCCGGCCCCGGAGCGCCUAUCUGCAACCAUCUGCUCUCGCACCCAUCGUCAGUCGUGCGCAAGAUCGACCUCACGGGGGGAACGGCAACAGGGCGCGUCUUGGGCCGCAAAGCCGGCGAGCUGCUCAUCCCUUACACGGCUGAGUUGGGCGGCAAGGCGCCCUUGGUUGUGUUUGAUGACGUGCCGGACGUGCAGAGCGCCGUGGCGGGGGCCAGCUUUGCGUCAUUUGUCGCUAGCGGCCAAACAUGCGUCUCGGCGACGCGUGUACUCGUGCAGCAAGAUGUAUAUGACCAGUUUGUCGCGAGCUUUAUCGAGCGCGCGCAGAGUAUUGAGCGACGGAUGGGCGAUCCAUCUGAACCAUGCACGAGCAUGGGCUCCCUCAUCUCGCGAGCCCACAUGAACAAGGUGCAUGGCUUUGUACACCGUGCAAUCGAGAGUGACGGAUUCAGGGUGCUUGCGGGCGGGGCGCCCAAGACAGAGUUCAGCGCGACAUCAUAUGACUUUGCAAAAGGCGCAUUCUACCCACCGACGCUGCUCACCCUGGCUCGAGAUGCGGCUGAUAUUGGGACAGCGAACGAAAUGAGGCUGCGCGCAAGUGAGAUUUGGAAGGGAGAGGUAUUCGGGCCCGUCGUGCUGCUGUGUCCCUUUCGAGACGAAGAGCACGCGGUCGAGCUGGCGAAUGACUGUCAGUACGGUCUCGGUGCGAGCAUCUGGACUGAAAGUCUCUCUCGUGCCCACCGUGUCUCCAAGCGCCUCGCAAACGGCGUAGUAUGGGUCAAUGGCCACCACCGCAACGACCCAUCUUCCAUCUGGGGGGGCUUCAUCGCAACAAGCAACGGCAGCGUGUUCUCUGCUUCGGGGCUCGGCAGGGAGAACGGCCUAGAGGCGCUGCAUGCGUACACGCAGAGCAAGAGUAUCACGUUCAAUCUUGCUAGCGCACAGGAGCGCAGGGCCAACGAGGAUUGGUUCGCAGAGACCGUAGAAGGCAGACAGCUGCGUUAUGGCUAA